UAUUUUCCUCCACGCCCUUGACUGUGAAGUUGCACCGUCCGCCUCUGCGAGUCGGGUGGUCGCCGCACGAGGACGGAACGGAAUGCUCAGUCUCGCCGCCCACAUCACGCCGCUGUCCUACUCCACACACCGCGCUCACCUACUCCAAUCCAGACCCCUCUCUCCCUCACCCACAGUCCCCGCCGGCGCCGCGUCCGCGUCCUGUGCGCCUCGCUCACUCUGCUUCCGCCGCCGCCGCAGCAGUCGUCUCGCAGCGGAGCGGACCCGGAGGCCUACCAUGGCAGCGGCAAUCUCGCUGGAGGCCGGCGGGGCCCUGGCCCAUGACCUAGGGUCUGCAGUCGUCACAGGUGGUGUCGCCCUCGCGCUCCUCAAAUUCUUUGAGGAGCUCGCCAAGCGCGGCGUCUUCGAGCAGAAACUCAGCAGGAAGCUUGUUCAUAUAAGCGUUGGGCUGGUAUUCAUGCUCUUUUGGCCUCUUUUUAGCUCUGGAUGGUAUACUCCUUUCCUUGCUGCGCUAGCACCAGGGGUUAACAUUAUAAGGAUGCUUCUACUGGGGCUGGGACUUAUGAAAAACGAGGCUAUGGUUAAAUCAAUGAGCCGCUCUGGAGAUUACAGGGAACUUCUCAAGGGCCCACUGUAUUAUGCUGCUACUAUAACUUUUGCCACGUCUCUUUUAUGGAGAACCUCACCAGUUGCUAUAGCACUUAUAUGCAACUUAUGUGCUGGGGAUGGUAUAGCCGAUGUUGUUGGGAGACGCCUAGGUAAAGAAAAGCUUCCAUACAAUCCCAACAAAUCAUAUGCUGGAAGCAUAGCAAUGGCGGUGGCUGGUUUUCUGGCCUCAGUUGGUCUUAUUUAUUCAGGUAUAUGCAUUACUUCCACACUUUCGGUUUUAUUGAGGAAACAUGGUACAUGGCUUUAAGCUUCCUCGUGGUCUCUGUAGCUGCAGCACUCGUUGAAUCGCACCCCAUCAGCACAGAACUUGAUGACAAUUUGACUGUUCCUUUGACAUCAUUCCUAGUUGGUAGCCUCAUCUUUUGAUGUUUAGGCGCAAGGACGUAUGAGAUGUUUCUCCGUCAUGCUGUAAUCUUCUGAUGUUUAGGCUCAAGGACAUAUGAGAUGUUUCUCCGUCAUGCUGUAUUUUAUGUAAAACGUUUCUAAAAUACUACUAUAAUUGUGAGAAUCUGUACCUAGAGUUUGGAGAAUAUGUUCGGUUUGUUUAUCAUAAUACAAGAGUGUGUUUGGUUAGGGA